AUGGAUGUUUUCAUUUUGAUGCAACGAGUUGUGAAUCUUGAUGAAUUGAAAUGCUUUUUGGGCGGCAAUUGUGAGAUAACUGUCGACAAUAGGAAACACUGUAAGAGAUGUCGUUUGAAUAAGUGUUUGGCUGCAGGAAUGAAAACCCGCUUAAUUUAUUCUCGAAAACUUAAAUGGGAUAUAAACUACUUAAAUGACAAUCAAGUAGUGGAGGACUCGUCAAACAGUGGCGAAGAUUUAUUGUCAUCUGAUUUCUCCGAUAAUCAAUGUAUUGAUGAAAGUGUAGGCAAUGUUUGUGACGAUAAUAUUAGUACAAAUAUAUCGGAACAACAACUCGUGUCCAUUAAUAGACCGCUCACUGAUUACAGCACUGUUUUCAAUGAAUUAGAAGCCAAUCGAUUCACUGAAUUAUUAAAUGGCAUUAAAAAACUUCAAUCUAUUGUUAAGAUCAGGGAUCAGACAAUUGUCGAUGAGAUGAGCGAUGGAUUUCGUGUAAUGAAUAUAAAACACGAGAACGGCAUCAAAGAUAUCGUACAGAUGUCUAAACUAUUGUCCGGUUUUAGCGAUCUCUGCGCUGAGGAUCAGUUGGUUUUGAUUAAAUACUCGUCGAUUGAGAUCAAUCUUUUACGUAUGGUUUCGUUAUUUAAUUUUCAAGAGUGUUAUUGGGAUAUAGGUGAUAGUUCAUACUUGGUGCGAUUGGAUCUAUUCAAACACCACAAAUUAAUUGGUGAAAUGCAAACCACAUAUGACUGUCACACAGAAUUCCUUCAAUCCAUUGGUCACGACUGGGAAUCGGAUCCUCUUAUCAUUGAUUUUUUAACUGCUAUCCUGCUAUUCAAUGCAAACAGACCACAUCUGAGUGAUAGGACUUUGAUCAAUGGAGCACUCGAGAGACCAUCAUUGGCCACACAGCAAAACACCUCUCUUUGCAGAGCUCUAAUCGAAGAAAUGAGUUCCAGAAGAAGACAUGUCAUGAAUGAUGACAUUCUCUUAGAUCUAUUCAAAUACUUGGAUAUCAAAGACUUGUUUUCAUUACAACGAGUGUCACAACAGUUCAGCCGUUGUUCACAACAAGUGCUUCAGAAGAAGAGAGAAGUGAGCGUUGGAUUCAAUGAUCUGAAAAGAGAUUCAAGGAUAAGAUGUUUUAAACCCAACUUUGAAGUCAAAGACUGGAACCGCUUAGACAUCACACCCGCGAUCAGUUUCAUUGGUAUUAAUUUGGUAUUAAAUCACAACCGAAACCAAAAUAUGGAGUCUAUUGUCCGCCAAUUCCGAGACGUGAAGAAGUUAUAUCUGUCCACAACUGUCAUCAGUUUCAAGACAUUAGAGCUGAUCGUCAAUCAAUGGUCACAUCUCGAAGAAAUCUAUAUCAAUGGCAUCGAUAUCUAUGACUCGAGUGACAAGACUAUCACCGAAUGGACACAACUUCUCUCUAAAGUCAAACACAUUACUAUCGGAAGUAUUGAUAGAAAAUAUGUGUCACUUCUCACAGAUAUUAUCAAAUACUUGCCAUCACUUCAAAGUGUGAACGUCUGGCGAUUAAUGGAUAACCAAAGCAUAACAUUAUCAGUACUGACCGACUGUUUGUCGGCAAACAUUCAAUUCUUAACAAUCGGUGUGAAUCCAGCGGACAGUCAGGCACUGGAAGUGAUCACAACUAAAUGCCAACAAAUUAAGAAACUAUGCAUUUAUGAGUGCUACAGACCGGUAAAUGUCACAGAUUUUGAUCUCUGGAACCAAUGGUUCGCAAUGGUUUGCCAUCGACUCAAAGCACUCAAGUAUUUGAAGUUUGUUUUGUUUGACAUUUCCGCCAAAGAAUUGGCCAAAAAUAUUGCAAAACUAAACGAAUUACAGACACUUGACAUCACUUUCCGUAUGUUUUCACACAUCGAGGAUUUCCCGAGAAUGUGUUUCGAUACUCAAGAGAUGGCAAAAUAUAUGCAACCAAUGGUGUCGUUGAAGACACUAUCGCUGCGGGAAAUGAAGUGUUCGCCGAAUCGGUGGUCAAAUUUCUCCCAAAUCUUCCCAAAUGUCCGCAAAUUGACUUUCGGUUAUAUGUAUUAUCGCUCGGAGUGUAAACACGGAGACGAUUGUAUUGAGUGUUUCUAUCGGUGUAUGGAUUCUGUUUCAAAACUGCCAAAAUUGAAACAUAUUUUUAUCGGUUACGCACCCAAUGGUUGUCACAUCACAAGACAUAUACUGGAACUGUUUGCAAAUGUGGAUCAGCUCAGCAUCGAGUACUGUAAUGAAGAUAUAAUCGAUGAGUUGAUCCACUUUAUAGUCUUCACACUCGACAAUAGGCGACGAGUAUUCCGAUUGAAUAUGUGGUCAAAUGACAAGAGACGACUCAUCGAAAGAAUGGCGACAAUCGAUAUCCCAAUGAAUGGAUGUGUGAUUUUUGGCCACCUUUUCUAUAAUCAAAGAAUCGAAGAAAUGAGUUCCAGAAGAAGACAUGUCAUGAAUGAUGACAUUCUGUUGGAUAUAUUCAAGCGAUUGGAUCUCAAAGACUUGUUUGGUUGGCAACGAGUGUCACAACAGUUUAGCCGUUGUUCACAACAAGUGCUGAAGUGUAAGAGAGAAGUGAGCGUUGGAUUCAAUGAUUUCAAGACAAAUUCAAAGAUAAGAUGGUUUAAACAAAACUUCGAAGUCAACGACUGGAAUCUGAUUGAUAUCACGCCAGCGAUCAGUUUAAUAGGCAUUAAUUUGGUAUUAAAUCACAACCGAAACCAAAAUAUGGAGUCAAUUGUCCGCCAAUUCCGAGACGUGAAGAAGUUAUAUCUGUCCACAACUGUCAUCAGUUUCAAGACAUUAGAGCUGAUCGUCAAUCAGUGGCCACAUCUCGAAGAACUCUUAGUCUAUGACAUCGAUAUCUAUGACUCGAGUGACAAGACUAUCACCGAAUGGACACAACUUCUCUUUAAAGUCAAACACAUUACUAUCGGAAGUAUUGAUAGAAAAUAUGUGUCACUUCUCACAGAUAUUAUCGCAAACUUGCCAUCAUUUCAAAGUGUAAACGUUUGGCGAAUAAGUGGUAACCAAACCAUUACAUUAUCAGUACUGACCGAUUGUUUGUCGGCAAACAUCCAAUCCCUAAAAAUCGGUGUGAAUCCAGCAGACAGUCAGGCCAUUGAUGUGAUCACAACUAAAUGCCAACAAAUUAAGAAACUAUCCAUUUAUGAGUCCUAUAGACCAGUAAAUGUCACAGAUUUUGAUUUCUGGAACCAAUGGUUUGCAAUGGUUUGCGAUCGACUCAAAGCACUCAAGUAUUUGAAGUUUAUUUUUUUCGACAUUUCCGCCAAAGAAUUGGCCAAAAAUAUGGCAAAACUAAACGAAUUACAAACACUUAUCAUCAAUUGCCUUGCGUUUAUACACACCGAGGAUUUCACGAGAAUGUGUUUCGACACUCAAGAGAUGGCCCGUUAUAUGCGGCCAAUGGUGUCGUUGAAGACACUAUCGCUGCGGGGAAUGAACUGUUCGCCGAAUCGGUGGUCAAAUUUCUCUCAAAUUUUCCCGAAUGUCCGCCAAUUGACUGUCGAUUACAUGUAUUAUCGGUCGGACUGUAAACACGGAGACGAUUGUAAUGAGUGUUUCUAUCGGUGUAUGGAUUGUGUGUCAAAAUUGCCGAAAUUGAAACAUAUUUUUAUCGGUUACGCACCCAAUGGAUGUCACAUCACACAACAUAUACUGGAAUUGUUUGCAAGUGUGGAUCAGCUCAGCAUCGAUUACUGCAAUGAAGAUAUGAUCGAUGAAUUGAUCCACUUUAUAGUCUUCACACUCGACAAUAGGCGGCGAGAAUUCCGAUUGAAUAUGUGGUCGAAUGACAAGAGACUACUCAUCCAAAGAAUGGCGACAAUCGAUAUCCCAAUGAAUGUAAUCAGAGGUUUGAGACAAAGAGAUAAAGAAAUGAGUUCCAGAAGAAGACAUGUCAUGAAUGACGACAUUAUGUUAGAUAUAUUCAAGCGAUUGGAUAUCAAAGACUUGUUUUCAUUACAACGAGUGUCACAACAGUUCAGCCGUUGUUCACAAGGAGUGAUUCGGACGAAGAAAAUAGUGAGCAUUGGAUUCAAUGAUUUGGAGACGACUUCAGGGUUAAGACGUUUUAACCGAAGUUUUGAGGCCAAAGACUGGAAUCGAAUAGACAUUACACCAGCGAUCACUAUAUCAAUGAUUGGCAUUGAUUUGGCAUUUGGUUAUAGACUCGAGUCUAUUGUCCGUCAAUUUCGUGGCGUAAAGUAUUUAUAUUUGUCGUCAACUGUAAUCACUUUCAAGAUAUUAGAGUUCUUUAUCAAUCAAUGGCCACGACUCGAGAGUUUGCACAUCAAUCGCAUUGAUUUGGUUGCCACGAGUGAAACAGUCAGCGAAUGGGCACAACUUCUGUCAACAAUUAAAUACAUUAAUAUCCGAUAUAUUGAUGGAAAAUAUGUGUCAUUUCUGAUAAAUAUAAUGCAGAGAAUGUCUUCAUUACAAGCGCUUAAAAUUUGGUGUUUUUGGUCAAACAUUUGGAAUCAAACGACAACUGUAUCACUACUGACCGAUUGUUUGUCAGUAAACAUCAAAUCCCUGGACAUCGGUGUGACUCCAGCGUACAGUCAGGCCAUUGAUGUGAUCACAAGUAAAUGCCCGCAAAUUACAAGAUUACACAUUUACGAGUCGUGGGAAGAGACAAAUUCUGUAGAGUUUGAUCUCUGGAACCAAUGGUUUGUUAUGAUCUGCGAUCGACUCAAAUGUUUGCAACAUUUAAACACUCGUUUGGGAGACAUUUCCGCCAAAGUUUUUGCCCAAAGUUUAGCAAAACUUGAAAAUUUAAAAGCGCUGCAAAUUAUAGAAACUUCAAAUGAUUGGAUCCAAAGUAUGUGUUUCGACACUCAAGGGUUGGCCAAAUAUGUGCGACCAAUGGUGUCGAUGCGAUCGCUGUCAUUGAAUGGAUUGAAGUGUUCACCGAAUCGGUGGUCAAAUUUGGCGCAAAUAUUUCCAAACGUACGCAAAAUGAGUGUCGAUUACAUGUAUUGUCGCACCGAUUGUAAGGACGGAAACGACUGUAAUCUAUGUUUCUAUCGGUGUAUGAAAAGGGUGUCAAAACUGCCGGAAUUGAAACACAUUAUUAUCGGUAAUGUCAGCGACGGUAGGAUUACAAGACAUAUUGUGGAGCUCUUCGCUGGUGUCAAUCGGCUUAGCAUUAAUGGGAGACCGGAAGAGGAUCUGAUCGAAGUGUUGAUCCAUUUUCUGACCGAAACACUGGCCAAUAGGCGGCGAGUAUUCUGUUUGGAUUUGUUGCCAAUCGUGAAGAAAAAACUGAUCCAAAAGAUGGAAGAAAUGGAUGUCUCAAUGCCUGAGAGUGUGAUUGUGGGCCACGUCUUCAGUACCCAAUACGCUCACCAGUGA